AAUUAGGGCUAGCUGAGUAGGAAACGACGGAUCACCGCAUAGACCACCGAAACCUCCAUCUUUCUCAUCCUUCAUCCUUCCGCUUGGCUCCUAUCAGAAACCAUCAACGAAGACUGUUCGCGCUAUUCUUCCUCUACGCUUGCCGCGGAUUUAGUAAGUCGUCCGAUUCACAGAAUUUAAAUCCCGGAUUUACCACCAAGCGUCGUCAUUUUGGGAUUUACGGAGGCGUUUUUUGCCGUUUGGCAGGAUUUUAGCUUAAAUCCUGCGUAAAUCUUGCUUAAAACUGGCUACCAAACAUGUACAUACGCCGAACAACCGCAUUUACUGAAUCCGGGAUUUACACAAAAAAUGGGCGAAAUCUGGAUUUAUUAAAUCCCAGACUUUAAUUUGUCCAAACUGUCCGUCUGGUAUGAUUUAGAUUAACCCUGGCUAAAUUCUGCUCUAAAUCCUUUAUCAGACAGCCCCACCCAUUGCAAAUUUGCAAUGGCGAGGAUGAAGGCAGAAUCCAUGGCUGCCAGCGUGAAGAAGAAGAAGAAGGGUGGAAAGAAGCGACAUCUCUUCGGACCCAUGGUGGCUUCGAUGAAAGCGUCGAAAUCGCUUAGGCCCAAUCCCUUCGAGACCAUUUGGUCGCGCCGCAAGUUCGACAUCCUCGGGAAGAAGAAAAGCAAAGGUGAGGAGGUCCGAAUUGGCCUCUCGCGAUCGCUCGCCAUUGAAAAGAGGAAGAAGACCUUGAUGAAGGAGUACGAAGAGUGCAGCAAGUCGGCCAAAUUCAUUGAUCGGCGGCUAGGAGAGAAGGAUGAUACUCUCCUGGAAUUUGAUAAGGCUAUCAUGCGCUUGCAGCGUGAGCGUCAGUCUAAGUUAAAACGAAUGAGCAAAUAUAACUUGUCUGAUGAGGAGGAAGAUUUUACAGUUCCUCAAGCACAUUUACUCUCAGAACUGGAUGAUUUUGAUGAGCAACUGCCGCUAGAUAAUGAUGAAGAUGAUGGGAUUGCAGGUGUUCCAGAAUUACCAAGAAAUUUGCAGUCGCAUGAUUCAUUGGAAAAUGAAUUACAUGAUGUAACAGAAAUGAGACGUAAAUCCAAUAAACAAGCAUAUGCAGAAGUAAUAGCAAAGGAUAAAUAUUUCAAGGCAAAAAAGGCAGAAGAAAGAGAAGAGAUUAACCGUGAAAUAGCUGCAUUGAACAAACUGACAGAUGAGUUGGAUGAACGCCUUAUAUCUCUCAACAGCCAGGACUUGAAACAUUCUACUAAAAAACAAUCUGAUGAUAUGUUUGACUCAUAUUCUAAAAUCAUGGGAGAAUUGCAUUUUGAACCAAGAGCUCGUCCUUCAGAUAGAACAAAGACUCCAGAAGAAAUAGCUCAAGAAGAAAAAGAAGCUCUGGAAAAGUUAGAGGAGGAGCGCCUGAACAGGAUGGAAGCUAUUGAUGAAGAUGAGGGCUAUGAUGAUACUGAAGAUGAAGUCAAGCCAUCAUCCAGAUUGGAUAGAUAUGUUUCUGGUGAUGAUCUUGGAGACUCCUUUUCCACAAUUAAGAAUGGUGUAAAUGAAAAAGGUUGGGUUGAUGCUAUAUUUGAAAGGGAAGAAAAUGAGGAACAUGAAGAAGAAGAUUGUUCAUCUUCAGAGGGUUCAGAAAAUAAUGAAGAUGAUCAAGAAGGAACUGAUGAUGAUAAUGCCAGUGAUGGAUGUGGGGCUAAGGGAGUAGAGUAUGCUGAUAUGUCUGCAAUUCAUGUUUGGCAACAAAGUGAUGCUGAUGAUGAUAUAGGCGUUGAAGAAGGACAGGAACCUGAUGAGAAAGAGAUGACUAAAGCAAACAUUGAUGUUCUGAGAGCUGAUUCUGUUAUUUGUCAUAAGAUAGAGGUUAAUGACAAAUGUGCUCAGGCCCAGGAAGGGCUUCCUUAUGUUAUUGAAGCACCAAAAACUUUGACAGAAAUUUGUUCCUUGUUGGACAAUCGUUCUGAUGUUGAAGUAGUUGAGAUCAUAAGACGGAUUCGUGCAUACAACUCAAUCAGUCUUGGAGCUGAGAAUAGAAGGAAAAUGCAAGUGUUUUACGGUGUUCUUAUAAGUUAUUUUGCAGCCUUAUCUACUCAAAAACCUUUAAAUGUCAAGAUAAUUAAUUCUCUUGUGAAACCUCUGAUUGAGACGGGAACAGAAGUUCCAUAUUUUGCGUCUGUUUGUGCUAGAGAACGAUUAAUACGAAUACGUGCACAAUUUUCUGAUGAUGUCAAGAUCCCAGACUUCCGGCAUGUUGUAAUGACUCCUGUGAUUCUCUUGAUGUGUGAAUAUCUAAUGCAUUGUCCAAUCACUUGCGGCCGAGAUAUAGCUAUUGGAUCCUUUUUGUGUUACAUGUUGCUUUCUGUCUCUAAAGAGUCCCAGAAAUUUUACCCCGAGGUUAUAAGUUUUUUUCAAAUGAUUCUAAUGUCCAGUAUGGAGAGAAACUCCAAAAUCGAGCAACCUUCUCAGUGUAAUCUGGAAAUAAAAGUAUCAAAGCCAUGGCUCCGUAUCCAUGAUGAAGGCUGCACUGUGCAUCAGAUUGAUCUGUUCACUGUCUUGGAGUUACAGGAUGACUCACCAUAUUUUAUUUCUGAGAGUUUCAAGGCAAGCAUUCUGUCAAUUGUGGUUAAAAUUUUGAUAGAAUACGUCAAUAUGUAUCAAGGAUUGAGUUCCUUUCCAGAAAUAUUCUUGCCAAUUGCAGCCAUGCUUGAUGAAGUUCUGGAGGGUGCCAAACUACCAAGAAAUUUACAAGAAAAUAUGGAAAAAGUUGCUGAUUUAAUAAGAAAGCAAGCUUCUGAGCACCAAUUAUCACGGCAACCACUCCAAAUGAGAAAACAGAGACCAGAGCCAAUCAAGCUAAUGAAUCCAAAAUUUGAGGAGAACUUUGUUAAGGGUAUAGAUUAUGAUCCUGAUCGUGAAAGGGCACAAAGGAAGAAAUUAAAGAAACUAUUGAAGAAAGAAGCAAAAGGAGCUGUGCGCGAACUACGCAAGGAUAAUCAUUUCAUAUCUGAACUUAAAAUGAGGGAUAGAAUUUUACAGGAAGAGGAAAGAUCUGAAAAAUAUGGUAAAGCACUGGCUUUCUUACAAGAACAGGAACACGCCUUCAAAUCAGGGCAACUGGGUAAAGGAAGAAAAAGAAGAAAAUAAACCUUUCUCUGUUGUUCUCCGGUUCAUUCACAUCAGUUUUUUUUUUGGCAAUCCGAAAGGUUUGAUGGACGAAGCUGUAUGAAAGAGCAGCUGGAGCUAGUUCAGUUCCACAUGGAAAAAUGAAUUCUGGCAGGUACAAUGUUGAAGCAAGAGGUUGCCAGUUUGUUGAUUGGUGCCUACUUUUUCCUCAAUUUUUGUUCUAUUUUUUGGCAUGCAUUAGGUGCAAUUGUGUUUCUAACUUGUAUGUUAUUAAUUUUAUAGUAUCUAGAGAAGUAAAUAAUUUUAGUUAUUUAUGGCUUAUCUAUAAUUUUAUGAUGUAUAAAUAACCUGUAAGGUACGAUUAAUGGAAAGUCCA